UAUUCUUGAAAUUUUUGCGUAUAUGUAAUUUUCAUUACGCAGCUAUUUUAUAGUAUGAUUAAACCUACGCAGUAAAACUUACUAUACGCAACUAUUUCAAGAAUAGAGGCCCAGAUAUCUUCUUUUUCGCAGUAUGAUUCAGUAGAAAUCGUGGUGGAGCGCAAGAAAGAGUUAGAGCACGUUCGGAAACUCCACCCGGAUACACCCGCUGUGUUCGAAUGAGAAAGAUAUAUCAGUGCGAUAAAGUGAGAGGGAAAGCACCCGAGUGGAGUUUCCGAGCGCGUCCCCGACGAAUAAUAAUAUUAUUUGCAUCAGCCAUUUUUCUUUCUAAAUAAUACAACAUACACCGGCCGUCCGAUAACUCCAGUCGAUAGCGAGCUCUUCGGAACCAGUCCCACAUAUCCAUCAUACGAUGUGAGCAUGGAGCGUUUUCGAACAGACCCAAGAAUGAGAACAAUUGUUAUUUUUGACGGGAAAGCCAUUGUUUUGUUUGAAUCAUUUAUCAUUUUUAUAUGUCACUAUAUUUUCCCCUUAAAUGACAUGAUAUCUCAUGACGAGACUAAACUUGAGGUAGUACCCAUCAACGAAGAAGCAACCACUGGAAAGAAGGAAUCUAUUGUCUUCAUUGAACAGUUCGUCAAAGAUGUUUGUGACUUUAGUUCUCAGUAUGGCAGCAACAUCAGCAUAUCUUACACUGCUUAUAACAUAGCUGGUAAUCCCAGUAAAUUUCCAGACUAUGGAGAUUUUCCACAAGCAUUUGUUAUGAGAACUUAUGGGCCAUGGUGGGACAAAGCACCUUCAAAAUUGAUAGAUUAUAUGCCACAGAAUAAUGAAGAUAUUGUGAGUCAAGAUUAUAUCGAUGUUGAAUAUUACCAAGAAGUAUAUCCGAUAAAGGUCUCUGUGUAUGAGACAUACAAUCCUGGGAGUGUAAUUGCAAUCUGGGCGCAAGACUGUAAUGGGCAGUGGUUUCAGUUAUGGAAUGGACCACCUCAGGUUGUCCCUCAUAAACCACGAAUAUUUUCCCCACGUUUACAACUGUGCAACUUCAAGACUAAAAUGCUGAGACUGGAGUUUAACCAUAGCCUAUUAGAUUACUACACAGAAUUAGAUGCUGUGUUAUUAAUUGGUACAUCUGAAUUGAUCAUUCCUAACGAUCGACAGCAUAAUCAGAACUUAAGCAAUCUAUUGCAAGAACUGAGUUGCAUUGAUCCACACAAUGAGGAUGUUCAUAAUUUAACACCAGAUUAUUCAAACGCAAACCAGGAUUUAGCUAUCCUGAAGAAAACGUUGCAUACACAUUGUACAAUGUAUAAAAGCAAAAUAAUAGAAAAUUUCCCCAAGAGCAAGCUAAUAUCAAAGUUAGGACAACAUUACCGCUGCGUACCGCCAGUUGAGGAGGCAUUCAACAGCCUGCAACAAUUUUUACAGGAAGAAUUUCCGAAGCUUAUAAAAGAUAUUUAUCUCUCUUCAUCGACCUCUUUGUACGGAUCGAAAUUGUCGUCUAAUAAAAGUUCAUCAACUUUGAAUGAGACCGAGGAACCACCAUGCGGCAGUUUUUCUGCACUUCCUGAUGAAACGGUGCUAAAAAUACUGAAAAAUUUAGAUUUGACAUCACUGUGUCGCUUGUGCAGAGUAAACAAGCAUUUUAACAAUAUAGCACGGGAUGCUUUGCUCUACACAUGUUUGAACUUGAAGCCGUACUGGCACUGCCUCGACACAGAAGCAUUGAACAAUUUGGCACCUAGAUGUCAAUAUUUACGACAAUUAGACCUCUCAUGGUGCGGCAACUACAAUAUGUUUAAGUAUCAAAAUAUCGUGAACUUUCUCAACACAUGCGGCAGUCUCUUGACGCACUUACGGUUAAAUUGCUGCCAUAUUGUUAACGAUAUCGUUAUCUUCGAAGUGUCAAAGAUAUGUAAAAAUUUAAAAGAAUUAUGCUUACGUAAUUGCGUGGGAGUAACAAACGAAGGUUUUUCAAAGCUCGAGAAUCUGGAGUUCCUGGAGCGUUUAGAGCUUUAUAGAACAGCUAUAGAAACUCCGACAUUAUGUUCGAUAUUGCGAAGGAACCCUCGAAUGCGGCACUUGAAUGUAGCGGGAAUGCACGAGCGUUUAAACGUGGAUGAGAUCGCGGUGGAGUUGGGAAAUUCGUGUCCGUAUUUGGAAAGCGUGGAUUUUUGGAAAGCACAAACUUUUACACCGCAUGGUCUUCGUGCUCUCGCUCGUUGUAAGAAUCUGCGGGAAGUGGAUUUUGGCUGGUGUGGUGGUAUGGGUGCUCCUGGAGAUUCUUUACGCACAUUGUUAUCUUCCUGCCAACACUUAGAAAAGGUCUUUCUGGCCGCUCUUCGAGGACUCACGGAUCGCGACUUGGAACCUUUGUUGCUGUGUCAACACUUGCAACAAUUAGACCUAUUGGGUGCUCGAUCUCUAACGCCAGAUAUAUGUUACGGUUUCUUAUUGUGUUGCCCUAAACUGGAGAUGAUCGACCUGAGUUUCUGCGAAAGUAUCAGCGAUUCCAAGAUCCACGAAUGGCGGCAACAAUAUCCGCAUGUGUCUAUUAAAAGAAGUUUUCAAGCGAUUGAACCGAUUUAAAAUAGAAAAAUUAGUUACACAAAUCAGCAGCAUUUGAAACAGUUUCAAAGAUCAAAUUUAAAUAAGUGGGACUAAAAUGUGAUACCAUAAUAAGACUUGUGUACUGUAAUUAGAGUAACAAAUUUGCCUUUUGACAUACAUUGAUUGUAUCAUGUGAUAAAUACAUUACAUAUAGCAUUGUAUUAAUAGGUA